AUGACCUCGCUCAUUUCGAAGAAGCUCGCCGAUGGCAUCCUCGCCCGCCCCUUCCUGAAGAGCAUCUUCGUCCCCUUCUCCAACUGGUACGCCAACGCCGCCGGCCACCGCAAGCUCGGCUUGAGAUUCGACGACCUUAUCGAGGAGGAGUCCGAUACCGUUCAGAAGGCUCUGAAGCGCCUCUCUCCUAAGGAAUCCUACGACCGCGUCUUCCGCAUCCGCCGUGCUGUCCAGCUCUCCGUCCAGCACAAGCUCCUGCCCAAGGACGAGUGGACUAAGCCAGAGGAGGACUAUCCCUACCUCGGACCCAUCAUCCAGCAGAUCCAUGCCGAGGAGGCCGAGAGGCUGGCUUUUGAGACGAUGGAGGUUCAGAAGAAGCACCACUAA